CUCAUCCCCAAUACUCAUCCCCACUGUGAUGGGCUCUCCUACCAAACCAUACCAAUGCCAGCGAUGCCCCAGGACAUUUGCUCGCCUAGAGCAUCUUCAGCGUCAUGACCGCUCACAUACAAAAGAGAAGCCGUACAUAUGCACCAAAUGCCCCAAGUCAUUUACCCGCAAAGACCUAUUGGCGCGUCACGAACGCCUGGCUCACAGCAGCCCGGCCCUGGAUGCUACACCAACAAGCUCACCGCAGCCUGCUUCUCCUCAGGUUUUCGACGGACUUAAUGUUCUGGCAUCAGCAGUGGCUGGUCGUCCGCUUUCGCCAACUCCUCGGCAGGGUCAGCCGAUAACUACUGCUUCCCCAGCAUCCUUCCCAGUGCCGUUAGCGGACACGGUUCCAGGGCAUACGGUCGCAAACUCCCAAGCGGCGGCAGCAGCGCCUCCUGAAGCUCCUGGGUUUACCGAACCUUUUACCAGCUAUGGCCAGUCUAUCUCCCAUGAUGGGGAUGACUUCACCACUUUCCUAGAUAGCAUUCCGCUUCCAAGUCACCCUUACUCACCCACUUACCAACCACUUCCUCUCUUCCCUGCCUUCCAUUUUGACCCAGCAACUUCGGAAUACGGUCACACCGUUGCGAAGGACAAGUCAGUCAAUGACAUUGGCUCACCUUCCACACCUGUAUUGCCUCGACAUGGAACGCAGUUGCCAUCACUCCAACCGGACAGGACUCAGGCACCCUAUAAGGCUCGUGAGCCUAGUAGCCAAAUAUCGAUAACGACGCAGUGCAGGGACCGCAUUAUUGCAACUCUGACAGACUAUGCCAACGUCGUCCAUAAACCGUUUGUCCCGUCGCGACACGCCUUAUCCCGCUGUCUUGGUGGGUAUAUGAAUGGUUUUCAUGACCACUAUCCAUUUUUGCACAUCGCCACGCUGGACACGGAUGCGACUCCCGUGCAUCUGCUUCUCUCUAUGGCUGCUUUAGGAGCCCAGUACUGCCGCGAGCCUGACACGAGCUUGGAACUAUUUAAGGUUGCAAAGGCCGUCACUCUUGAGCAUGUCCGGAGAGAAUUCCAGUGGGGUUGCUCCACUCACCAAAUGGCAACUCAUGUCGAUAAGGCGGUCAGAGAUCAGGAUAUCAUCGAAACCAUUCAGGCAUUUCUCAUAUUGAUGUCCGUUUCAUGCUGGUUUGAGCGCGAUCCCCCACAUCACGAGGCUCUUUACAUGCGAAGCGUCAUGGAAACUCUUCUCCGACAGGGGGGAUUAAACGAGCUGCCGGCACAGGAUGGGACUUGGGAGAGCUGGAUCCGCAACGAAUGUGUCAAGAGGACGAAGCUGAUCGUCUUUUGUUUUUUCAGCGUGCAUACUAUUGUGUUUGACAUACCGCCGCUGAUCUUGACUGAAGAGCUCACUCUUGACUUGCCUUGCACAGAAAAAGAAUGGAAUGCGACGAGUGCGAGCCAGUGGCUUAUGGAUAGAAGCCAAAGCCGCGGGGAGCCUAAGCUACAAGCUGCCUUGAAUGCACUUUUUCCACAAUCAUCUGGAGCCAAAGGUCGCCUGGAAAGCUUCUCCUCAAUGGGCGGCUAUGUACUGAUCCAUGCAAUGAUUCAAAACAUUUGGUUGAUGCAAAAAGCCAGUCGCCUCCCCGUCUCCAAUGGUGGCUUCUUAUCACCAGCAGUGAUCAAUUCUCUAGAACAGGCGUUAGAAAACUGGUGUCAGUGCUGGGAACACAACCAGGAAUCCUCCAUUGAUCCUUUCAACCCUCACGGUCCGCUCUCUUUCACCUCGACAGCUCUCCUCCGUCUAGCAUAUAUCCGUCUCAAUGCCGAUUUCAGCUCCGCGCGACGACUACAAACCUGGAACCCGGAUGAGAUAGCCCGUUCCUUGAAGGAUGAGUUAUGUGUGCAACGGAGCGAUAGACUUACUCGCGCCGCAUUACACUGUGCUCAUGCGCUCAGCACACCCAUCAAAUUGGGCAUAAACUAUGUGGCGCACACUCUUGUCGUAUCCUGGUCCAAUCAGUACGCCUUGUGCUCGCUUGAAUGUGCCGUUCUACUGGCCAAGUGGCUAGAGGUGGCGACGGUCUCAAAUCCAGAGCCGAGUCUGACUGAACAAGAGAGCAAGCUGCUUGAAUUUGUUUUAGAGAUGGUCAUGGAAGUCCAGCACGGGGUUUCCCGCAAUUGGCUCCUGUCGAAUAACACAAGACUAAGUGCAACUGUGACAAGGCUCUGGGCGAGGUUGUUUACAGGAGAUUAUAUAUGGCAGCUGGUCAACCUAAUAGGUCGCUCUCUCAAUCGAUACGCCGAGAUACUGGAACCCACAAAUGGCCCGGUGUGA